UUCUUCUGAAAUACAGGAAAUCAUGAAAUAAAUGGACAGAGCUACAAACAGUUUUUAGAAAAGACUCACCUAGACAGAGAAAAUGGCAAUUGUUGCAUUCACUUGCUUAAUGACAAUGUCAUGUCGUCCUACCGAACAGUGUUAAAGGAAAGACAGAAGCAGACAAUCUUAGACCAGUAUUAAGGUCUGAAAAUAUUGAGACAUAGUGAGCCAGAAGCUGGUCAUAAUGAACUACAGAGUCUCACAAGGAGAGAGAGGACACCAGAGAGCUACAUUCCGGAUAUUCUUAUGGAAGGGGACUCUCCUUCCAAACUGUAACCACCUUGCAUUUCAUCCUCCCUUCUGACAGCCGAAGAUGUCAACCUGAAUGAACAUUGGCAAAAAGGACAUAUAGCAUGCGGAGAGGAGUUGAAGAGAGAGGAGAGGGAUGGGAAAAAAAGAAGAACAAAAAUAUAUCAUGUACAGCUCCUGGCAUAACCUAGUCUCUGAAGCAUCCAAUACAGAAGGUGGAACUGUUGUACACUCUGAUCCCAAAAGUAGACACUGAGAUGGGGGUUUGCAAGGAGGUGGUUUACUGUUACAGCUUCAAAGACCCUAACUGAAGUCAAGUCUCUUAGUACAUACUCCUGCAUUAAAGGGAAUUUGGCUGUGAAUCCAUCAGAACAUGGGCUUUUCUUCAUUGAAGUUUGAGGUGCAGCAUAAGGUUGUUUAUUUGUGCUCGUUCUGUGUUCCUGAAGUGGGAGUUCACCGCUAGCAAUUUCCAUCUGAGGAUGGCUUUCGUUGCAUCCUGCAAGAUCCACACAGGAUGGAAGAGGUGACAGCCGAAAGACCAGUCUAACUGAGGAUGAGACCAACUCCCUGGAGGACAGCUUGACUCUGGGACUGAAGUGUUGCUGUACAACAGAGACCAGCGUCCACUAAACCCCAAGAGGACAGGACUUGGAUGAGCUUCUGGAGAGCUGAAUACAUGAAGAGUCCCAGAAGGAGGCACACCCAGAGAGGCCACAGAAGUUUUGUAAUCCUUCCCAUAUACCUUGUCCUCUGCAUAUCUUCAUCUGAAUCCUUUCCCAUAUCCUUUAUAAUAAAUAGGUAGAGAUUGGAGCCUCCCUAUCAACCUUCAUGCAUGCAGUGGUCCUUGGAGCUAGUCAAGCCAAGUUCUUGGACAUGAUGUGGCUAGACUCUCAUCUGGCGAUACUGAGGGCUGUGGCUUCAGACCAGCAGAAGGAGGAGUGCUAUGAAUAGCCAAUCAAACUGCAGAGGCCACAGAGUCUCGCCUUACACCAGUAGGGGGCACUACCUCUGUUUACCUCAACACUUGCCCCACGAGCUCCAAGAAGGGUCACCAUUUGCGCAGUCUGUCUUGUUCCUUCACUAAGCUGCCCGGGCAUCUGCAGGGUCUCAGCUUGGGCUUUUUUGCAGUGGCCAUCUUUGGCAUCUGAGAGAGGGAGUUGAAAGCCUUGGUCUUAGUGUGUGACAUCAGCAGAGGGAGGAGUUCGAGGAUCUACCAAGAGUCAAGUCUCAGGGAAGUGAGAGCCGUGGCCUGACAGUGUGACAACAGGUCAACCGAGGGAGGAAUCCCAGUAUCCAUCAACCGUCAAGGCCAGUGGGAUCUCAUCAUCCACAUUCCUGUUCACUCUUCUGCUGCUGCCUGCAGUGGGAACCACCAUGCCUCACUUUCCGAAACAAAGGUGUCUCAACUUUGAUCAACCCAUCCAUGACGGAGCUUCGAUGAAAGAGUUGGAGGAUGUCCUGGGUCACCUAACAGAGGAUGAGGAGGAGUCCUCCAUUUCUUCUGCUUCUUUCAGUGUUCUCCCCUCUAGCCCUCCUCUUUCUCUCUCCUCUUCCUCAUCUUUCUCUCAUCUAAUUUCGGGCACCCUAGAGAAGGAGGAUGGUCCUGCUACUGGGAUGGUUGUACCUUCUCAGCAUCCUCCCAAGAGUCCUCAGAGAGCCUUUACCUCCAUCUCAUACAGUAAAUUAGUUGAAGAGCCCAGCGAUGAAGAAAUGGAGGAAAGUUCUAGCAGCUCAGAGUCAUCAGCAGACGGUGAAUCUGUAAAUGAUAAACUGAUAGGAGAAAAGAUCACUGAUUUGAUGCAUGCUCUAGUCCUCAAGUAUCAACUGAAGGAACCCAUCACGAAAGUCGAAAUGCUUGAGAUUGUCACCAGUGAGUACCAAGAUUUGCUCCCCCUGAUCUUUGCGAAAGCUGCUUCAUGCUUGGAGAUGUUUUGUGGUAUUGAUGUAAAAGAAACGGAUGCCGUCAGUCACACCUAUGUCCUUGUCAAUUCCCUGGGCCUCACUUAUGAGGAGGAGCUGAGUGAUGAGCACAGCAUGCCUACCAAUGGCUUCCUGAUAAUCAUCCUAGGGGUGAUCCUCAUAGAGGGGAACAAGGCCUCGUUGGAAGAUAUCUGGGGAUUCCUGGAAAUGAUCGGAGUAUAUGAGGGGGAGAAGCACUUCAUCUAUGGGGAGCCCAAGAAGUUAAUGAAAGAUCUGGUGCAGAAAAAUUACCUAGAGUGUCAUCCAAAUCCUAGCAGUGAUCCUCCAUGCUAUGAGUUCUUGUGGGGUCCACGAGCCAAGGCUGAAACCACCAAGAUGAAAGUUCUGCAAUUUGUGGCCAAGAUCAAAGGAACUGACCCCAGUUUCUUCCGUGAUUCUUAUAAGGAAGCUUUGAGAGAAGAGGCAGAGAGAGUGCAGGCUGCAGUUGGUCCAAGUAAAUAAUACCUUUGCACACCACUAUUCAUCAGUUUCUCUUGACCCAAUGGAAGACUGAAACUGAUUGUUUAUUCUGUUUUUGAAGAGGAAGGGCAGUUGAAGCUCUUUUAUACUGACUAUUAAUUCAUUUGGAAGAUUUUUGUUCUUUUCAUUCUUCCUUUUUCAUUAGUAUAUAUUUGCAACCCAUAACAAAUGCAUUCAUUGCGAAGAAUGCAUACAUAUACAUAUUUCAUCUUAUUCUCUUCUGUUUUUCCUCUCUUCCCUUGCAUAGCCCCCUACCUCGAGGUCCUCUUCCCACCUCCAUAAAGUUUAUCUCCCUGUGUCCUAUAAUCUAUUCUGUAUUUUGCCCCUAAAUUGUUGAUAUGUUGAGUUUCUUAUUCAAGAUAAAUUGUGUGAUGUUGAA